AUGGGGGGGGGGGGCUUCUCAUGCAUUGCAUGUGAGGACAGCACACCUAGCAAGGUUGGCACUCCUUGCAAGGACGGCACUCCUUGCGAGGACAGCACUCCUUGCGUGGAUGACACACCUUGCGAGGACAGCACACCUUGCGAGGUCGGCACACCUUGCGAGGACGGCACACCUUGCAAGGACGGCACACCAAGCGAACAUGGCACACCAAGCGAACAUGGCACACCAUGUGAGGAUGGCACACCAUGUGAGGAUGGCACACCAUGCGAGGUUUGCACACCAUGCGAGGAUGGCACACCAUGUGAGGAUGGCACACUAUGUGAGGUUGGCACACCAUGUGAGAAUGGCACACCAUGUGAGAAUGGCACACCAUGCAAGGACAGCACACCUCACAAGCACUGCACACCUAUUGAAGACAGCACACCUGUGAAGUUAGCAUGCCAUGUGAAGACAGUUCGCCCUGCAAAGAGACCUUCAGAAGACAAUAUACCAAUAAAAUUGCACACCUGCUGA